GCCGCCAUCUUGGAGGCCGGAGGCGGCGCCGCAGGACCGAGCGGAAGUACCCGUGCAGCUUCCCGGACCCCGAGUCGAACGCUGGCGGCCGUCCCGCCCGCCGUCCUCCUCCCGCGGUCGUGAGGGAGACCGCGGCUCGGCCGCAGCGGAGCUGCGAGUUACAGAAUGUCUGAAGGUGACAGCGUUGGAGAUUCUGUCCAUGGGAAACCGUCAGUGGUGUACAGAUUUUUCACACGUCUUGGACAGAUUUACCAGUCCUGGCUGGACAAGUCCACGCCUUAUACAGCUGUUCGGUGGGUCGUGACGCUGGGCCUGAGUUUUGUCUACAUGAUUAGAGUUUACCUGUUACAGGGUUGGUACAUCGUGACCUACGCAUUGGGAAUCUACCACCUAAAUCUCUUCAUUGCGUUCCUUUCUCCCAAAGUGGAUCCUUCCUUAAUGGAAGAUUCAGAUGAUGGUCCUUCAUUACCAACCAAACAGAAUGAGGAAUUUCGUCCCUUCAUUAGAAGGCUUCCAGAGUUUAAGUUUUGGCACGCGGCUACCAAGGGCAUCCUCGUGGCUAUGGUGUGUACCUUCUUCGAGGCAUUCAACGUCCCAGUGUUCUGGCCAAUCCUGGUGAUGUACUUCAUCAUGCUUUUCUGUAUCACAAUGAAGAGGCAAAUAAAGCACAUGAUUAAAUACCGGUACAUACCGUUCACACACGGAAAGAGGAGGUACAAAGGGAAGGAGGACGUGGGCAAGACGUUUGCUAGUUAGACGCUGGACUGGGAUCUGUCACGCGUGCAAGAGCGGUUUUGAGCCACUGUAACAAUGCCUUUUUCUUCACAUAAAGUAGUUGAUUACGAGGGAGUGGAAUUUUCUUUUUAAAAGGAGCCUCAAUGAUUUGUAAUUGAAAUAUCAGGUUCUUGAAGAAACUGGCAUUUAAACCAAAUUGCAUUGAUCUUUUUUUCAGUGAUGUUCAUGUUUCAAUCCGACAGAGGUGUAUGAACUGCAGGCCUGAGCGGCUAGGUGGGUGGCAACCUGUGGGGAAGGGAGGAUGGAGGGCUGCCGCGGGGCUCCUUCCCUGCCGUACUGAGCUCACUGCUCUGUGCCAGUGGUGCGUGCCAGCCCAAUUCCUGGGGGUGGGUGGACGUGAGACAUGAGAGUGGCUUUCGAGUGACGGUGGUUCUCGUGCCAGUGUCUGCAUUUCAUCUCAUUGGAGAUGUUUCAAGCUGACCCCUAUCAUGACUCAAAACUUUGUUCUUAACUACCAUGAUUGCUUUUGAGGGCCUGGAAUUAUAAAUAUAUAUAUUAUAUUUUAAUUGUUUGAGAUUAUUUUGACAUAUUUCUUUGAUACGUGAAGCUUGUUUUGCCUUUGAUUAAAUUUGUUCUCACGCAAAUUUGAAUGGUUAAACCAUCAAAACCCACCAGAGCAGGCCAGGUCUGUGGGUUUAACACACGGAGUUUUCACUAUCUUGGGGGGAAACUAGAACCUACAGCAUGCCAACUUUUUGAUGUGAUAAAA